AUGGACUCCCAAGACCAUGAACGAGACCUUCUCUCAGAGCUCCAACAAAGCACAUCUCUAUUCCUAAUGCUUGGUGGGCACUUACCCAAGCACAAGCAGCUUCCUCUGCCAGCUGAUUAUGUUGGGAAGAGUCUGGAUGAUAUAAAGCGUUGUAUGCGGUUAUUUCAGGACACUUAUUUAUUCCCACACCUUAUGAAGAUUUGGCGUGACCAAGGCAUCAACAUCGAUAUUGACGUGUUUCUGAGCCAUCUACGAGAGCAGGCUAGCCAAAAGAUUAACCUGGAUAUUGGACGUUGCUUGCAGAUAUUUCGGUCGGGCUUUCCACCACAGAUAAUCUUCGUCCAUGCCAGACGCACAACAACGGAUUAUUGCAAAUUACACUGGGUCCUGACCCUUGAGUGUAAUGACACUACGAUCAGUUCAAACCACACACAGGCCGGUCUCGAGUGGAAUAGAGACUAUCAUACAGAUACCGUUGAUAUUACAUAUACCGUCCAAAAUCAUCCUACACAACAAGAAAUGAAAUAUUGGGCCUCCCGAGUUCCAGUUAAGAGGCUGGAGCAUAUGUGCAGCUGUGCACUUUGGGUGUAA